GAGGGCGCGAGAAAGGGGAAGGGGAGGUGAGGGAGGCAUCUCAACGUUGAUGUCCAGAGUUUCGAGUGGCCACUGCCUUCCAGCGGGGGCUUUGCACGACUUGCGAAGAUGACGGAGGGGACGAAGAAGGCCAGCAAAAAGUUCAAGUUCUUCAAGUUCAAGGGCUUUGGGAGUCUCUCCAACCUUCCUCGGUCCUUCACUCUGAGACGAUCUUUGGCCUCCACCAGCAUCCGGCCCCAUCUGGAGGCUGACACCUUUGACGCCACACAGGAUGACAUGGUGACAGUCCCCAAGAGCCCCCCAGCCUAUGCCCGCUCCAGCGACAUGUACAGCCACAUGGGCACCAUGCCUCGCCCCAGUAUCAAGAAGGUUCGGGACCAACAGGCCACCCAGGAGGCCCCGGAGGUUGGCCCUGAGCCCCAUGUGGUGCCCCGAGGGCUGCCUGACCCCCCAGGCUUGGAGGCAGCCAAGAAGGUGGUGGUGGGGACCAAUGCCCCCGUGGAGGACACCCCAGCAGUGGGACCCAACCCUUCAGCAGUGGAAGUGGGCACCAUGAGAAAACCUGAGGAGCCCAGGGCAGACACAGAAGAGGAGCGAGACCCCAGGAAAGUGCUCUCAGAAAGGGCCACUGGAGAGCUGGAGGCUGGCGGGGACUAUGUGAAGUUCUCCAAGGAGAAGUACAUCCUGGACUCAUCGCCUGAGAAAUUGCACAAGGAGUUGGAGGAAGAGCUCAAACUCAGCAGCACAGAUCUCCGCAGCCACGCCUGGUACCAUGGCCGCAUCCCCCGUGAGGUCUCCGAGACCCUGGUGCAGCGCAAUGGUGACUUCCUCAUCCGGGACUCGCUCACCAGCCUGGGCGACUAUGUGCUCACCUGCCGCUGGCGCAACCAGGCCUUGCACUUCAAGAUCAACAAGGUGGUGGUGAAGGCGGGUGAGAGCUACACCCACAUCCAGUACCUGUUCGAGCAGGAGAGCUUCGACCACGUGCCGGCCCUUGUGCGGUAUCACGUGGGCAGCCGCAAGGCUGUGUCAGAGCAGAGUGGCGCCAUCAUCUACUGCCCCGUCAACCGCACCUUCCCGCUGCGCUACCUGGAGGCCUGCUACGGCCUGGGCCAGGGCAGUGGCAAGGCUACCAGCCCCGCCAGCCCCUCCGGCCCCAAGGGCAGCCACAUGAAGCGGCGCAGCGUCACCAUGACCGACGGGCUCACCGCCGACAAGGUCACCCGCAGUGAUGGCUGCCCCACCAGCACAUCACUGCCCCACCCCCGGGAAUCCAUCCGCAACUGUGCGCUCAGCAUGGACCAGAUCCCAGACCUGCACUCUCCCGUGUCCCCCAUCUCCGAGAGCCCCAGCUCCCCCGCCUAUAGUACCGUGACCCGUGUCCACGCCGCCCCUGCAGCCCCCUCAGCCACAGUGCUGCCUGCCUCCCCUGUCACCCGCCGCUCCAGUGAACCCCAGCUGUGUCCUGGAAGUGCCGGGGAGUCGGACAAGGGCCCUUACUCCAGCCCCUCCCACACCCGCUGCGAGGCCUCCCCAUCACCGUCGCUCAGCAGCUACAGUGACCCGGACUCUGGCCAUUACUGCCAGCUCCAGCCUCCUGUCCGUGGCAGCCGAGAAUGGGCAGCAGCUGAGGCCUCCAGCCGCCAGGCCAGGAGCUAUGGGGAGAGGCUUAAGGAACUGUCAGAAAAUGGGGCCCCCGAAGGAGACUGGGGUAGGACCUUCACAGUCCCCAUCGUGGAAGCCACCUCUUCCUUCAACCCGGCUACCUUCCAGUCACCACUGAUCCCCAAAGAUAACCGGCCACUGGAGAUGGGCCUCCUGCGUAAGUUCAAGGAGCUGCUGGCAGAGGUCGAUGCCCGGACGCUGGCCCAGCAUGUCACCAAGGUUGACUGCCUGGUUGCUAGGAUACUGGGCGUUACCAAGGAGAUGCAGACCCUAAUGGGAGUCCGCUGGGGCAUGGAGCUGCUCACUCUCCCCCAUGGCCGGCAGCUACGACUAGACCUGCUGGAAAGGUUCCACACCAUGUCCAUCAUGCUGGCCGUGGACAUCCUGGGCUGCACGGGCUCCGCUGAGGAGCGGGCAGCUCUUCUGCACAAGACCAUUCAGCUGGCGGCCGAGCUUCGGGGGACCAUGGGCAACAUGUUCAGCUUCGCUGCAGUCAUGGGCGCCCUGGAUAUGGCCCAGAUUGCCCGGCUGGAGCAGACAUGGGUGACUCUGCGGCAGCGACACACAGAGGGAGCCAUCCUCUACGAGAAGAAGCUCAAGCCAUUUCUCAAGAGCCUCAAUGAAGGCAAAGAAGGCCCGCCGCUGAGCAACACCACAUUUCCUCACGUGCUGCCGCUCAUCACUCUGCUGGAGUGUGACUCCGCCCCGGCCGAGGGCCCCGAGCCCUGGGGCAGCACAGAGCACGGCGUGGAGGUGGUGCUGGCCCACCUGGAGGCCGCCCGCACUGUGGCACACCACGGCGGCCUGUAUCACACCAAUGCCGAGGUCAAGCUGCAGGGGUUCCAGGCCCAGCCAGAGCUCCUCGAGGUGUUCAGCACCGAGUUCCAGAUGCGCCUCCUCUGGGGCAGCCAGGGCGCCAGCAGCAGCCAGGUCCGGCGCUAUGAGAAGUUCGACAAGGUCCUCACUGCCCUGUCCCACAAACUGGAGCCUGCCGUCCGCUCCAGCGAGCUGUGACCCCCAUGGACCCUUCCCCUCUGCAGCUGCGGGCAGCAACAGGGACAGAAGGGCACAGACCUUUCCCCAGAGCACCCCAGGGACACUGUGAUCAGCCCGAGAACGUUCUGGGUUCAACUCCAGGAUCUCCCUUGCACCUCCAGGGUCCUACGUGGACUCUGGGCUCCAUCCCACCUGCUACUCACUCACCAAGUUUUCCUUCAGGAAGAACUGGAACCCCUGUUUCUCCCUCCAGCUUCUGCCUCUCCCCUUCCUGCUGAGGUGCCCUGUAUUUGAGCCACGGGAGGCUUCUCACACCUCCUCACUGUUCUCCAGGUACCUGCCCCCGCCCCCUCACUGACACCAAGGCCUCCCUCUGGCUGUAAAUACAUCUGUCUGUUCUGUAAAUAGAUGUACAGAAGCCGUGUUCUUUCUUUCAUAUAAUAAACUUUUAUGACUCUUUC